UGCUCUGUAAUGGGUUAUCGUCUUAUGCGUCUUCUCCCCUCUUCAUCUUUUCUCUGAUUAUCCUAUAUGCCAGUACUUUGCAGUCGCCGAUUGGUCAAUGUGCUUAUGCGUGUUCUCGAUCACUGGUCGGCUCAUUAACGCUCGCAUUUUUUCGACUCGUGCUUGAACUUUUCUAUAAAACGGGAGCACGAAAGUCACGCCAGCCAUUAGUAAAAGCGUGUUCGAAUUGAUCUGUCAGUUGCUUGCAUUGUUCUUAUCUUUUUUAAAUUUUAUCGCUAGUUAUUAACGAGUGAUUUUUCUUUUUUACACGUUAUCUAUUCAAAGUGAAAAUGCCAUUUCCGGAUACUAUUAACGGUCACGACAGUUUUCCGUCCGUCAAACGAUCGACCAAUAACGACAUGUUGCAAACGAAUGUAAAGCAGGCGCGACAUACGUACACCUUUGAAGCGUUGCAAGAAUCAGCGCAGUAUUUAUUGAAUCGCAUCAAGAUCAGACCGAAAAUAGGAAUUAUAUGCGGCUCGGGAAUGGGAUCAUAUGAGCAAAACGAGUUGUGUCCAGGUUCAAUUGCGGAAUCUCUCAUGGACAAGCGAUGCUUUCCCUAUGAAGAAAUUCCACAUUUCCCGGUGUCUACGGUAAAGGGACACACCGGCCAGAUGGUCUUCGGGUAUCUUCAGGGUGUACCGGUCAUGUGCAUGCAGGGCAGGUUUCAUUAUUACGAAGGCUAUCCAUUGUGGAAGGUACGGCAAAUUUUGUGCGCCAUGCCAGUGAGGGUGAUGAAGCUGGUAGGUGUGACGCAUUUAAUCGCCACUAACGCAGCCGGCGGUUUAAAUCCUACUUACAAAGUUGGUGAUAUCAUGAUAGUGAAGGAUCAUGUGAAUAUGAUGGGUUUUGCCGGCAACAACCCGCUUCAAGGACCGAAUGACGACAGAUUCGGCCCUCGAUUUCCUCCCAUGAAUAGAGCCUAUAAUACCGAACUGAUAGAGAUCGGUAGGCAAGUAGCCGAAGAGAUGGGUAUCGGCGAUUUCGUACACAAGGGGGUUUAUACGUGUUUAGGUGGUCCUAAUUUCGAAACAGUGGCGGAGUUAAAGAUGCUGAGGAUGGUCGGUGUUGAUGCAGUUGGAAUGUCCACGGUUCAUGAGGUUAUCACUGCACGGCAUUGCGAUCUCACCGUAUUUGCGUUCAGUUUAAUUACCAAUCAAUGCGUCACUGAAUACGAAGAUCAUGGCGAGGCGACUCAUGAGGAGGUAAUGGACGUCGGCAAGGCGCGACAGCCAAUUCUUGAAGAAUUCAUAUCCAGGAUCGUGAUAUAUCUUAGGGAUAUCCUGGAACCGUCAACAAAUUGAUUAGAUUGAGAAUCAUUUCCUUAUGACGAUUAGAACCCUUCAUUCUAAGGAAUUCCUUUGAAUUAUUGAUUCAUUCGUUUUCGUAUUUAUAGAUAAAAGUUUCAUUUAUUAGGGAUAAAAAGAUAUUGAUAAAAGAAGUAACGUUUCAGUAUCGUUAUUUUUAAAUUUAAGAUUUGGUUCUUCGUUAUUUUUUAGUUUUAUUAACAAAAAUAUCAAGGCUCUAAUGUAGAUUUGAUAUAAAAUAAGUCAAUUAACAAAUCAGUCCUCGAAUCUUCAUUAUCUUAUCUUCAUUAUCUUCAUCGUGUUUUAUCUAUUUAGUUGGCGCUUGAAUUCUACUUAUUUGAAUUUGAGCUCGAUUCAGAUCUCAAUUGAUUCGUUACACGUCUUGAGGGGCCUUGAGUUGGAAAAGAAGAGAUGAGAAAAGGGGAAAUAGGGAAGCCUUACAGAUGGUUAGUCGGCGCUUUCCCUCGAUUUUCCACCCUCGUUUCGUUAUCCUCAUCUCGUUUUCGCCUUCUUCUAUCGCUAAUGCAUCGUCGUUCAGCUCCAAUAAAUCUUAAACCUUGAAGGCCAUAUGGCGCAGGAAUAGCGAAUUAAAUUAUGAUUUGAUAAGCGGAAAAAUUGUGCGGUAUUAGAGCAAUUGUACCAGAAGUAUCUUCUUGCUAAGCUUACGAUGUCUUGUGGGUCAUGAAAUUCUUGUCUCUUUUUUUUUUUUUUUUUUUUUCAACGUUUAGUUUAGGAAGGAUAUUAUAUUCAAAAAUAAUUAUUUUUUAAAAA